CCAUACACAACAAGCCCACAUUAUUAUAAACUUCUCUUCCAACUAUCCACCAAAGAUUACAAUGGAUCUCAAGGUAGUCGCCCACGGACAAAACGAUGCCUUGCUUCACAAGCCCAAGUCUUGUGAUUGGGAACCAGUUAACGUCCAUGACCCAUACGUGCAAGAACUGGGAAGGUUUGCAGUGAUGGAGCAUGUUCACGGGCUGUGCGGUGUCGGGAUGACGUUCGUUCGUGUGGUGAGCGGCGAGAGUAAGAUGGUGUGUGAAGGAAAAAAGUACAGCCUUGUGGUAGAGGUGAAAGAAGUGCUGGUACUUCCUCACCAAUGCCCUGCUAUUAAGUUGUAUGUGGCCGAGGUGCUUGACAAGCAAUGCGCCAAGUCCUGGGAACUCUUGGCUUUUAAGCCUUUCUGCCUACCCCCCAUGGGCCCUGGCCCUGUCAUCCACAAUGCCUAAGCUUUCUCAUCUACCUUACAGAUGAUGCAUGCUAUUGUAUUAUCUUUAUCUAUUACUAAUUAUGCAACAAUAAUAUAAGAAUAAUAAAAUAAAGACGAUCUACGAUCUUACGUUUCAGUCGCU